UUUAGGUGAUGGGUAAAUCAGAAAGUCAGAUGGAUAUCACUGAUAUCAACACUCCAAAGCCAAAAAACAAACCACGAUGGACCCCGCUGGAGAUCAGCCUCUCGGUCCUGGUCCUGCUCCUCACCAUCAUAGCUGUGACGAUGAUAGCACUCUACGCCACCUACGACGAUGGCAUUUGCAAGUCAUCGGGCUGCAUAAAAUCAGCUGCUCGUCUGAUGGAGAACAUGGAUGGCACGGUGGAGCCCUGCACAGACUUUUUUAAAUACGCCUGUGGAGGCUGGUUGAAGCAAAACAUCAUUCCUGAGACCAGCUCCCGUUACAGUAACUUCGACAUUUUAAGAGAUGAGCUAGAAGUCAUUUUGAAAGAUGUCCUUCAGGAAGCCAAGCCAGAAGAUAUAGUAGCAGUGCAGAAGGCGAAAACACUGUACAGGUCUUGUACAAAUGAAUCUGCCAUUGAUAGCCGAGGUGGAGAUCCUUUACUCAAAGUGUUACCAGAUAUAUACGAGUGGCCAGUAGCAACAGCCAACUGGGAACAAACAUACGGUCCUUCCUGGACAGCCGAGAAAUCUAUCGCACAACUGAACUCUAAAUAUGGGAAAAAAGUUCUUAUUAAUUUUUUUGUUGGCACAGAUGAUAAAAACUCUACGAACCAUAUAAUUCAUUUUGAUCAACCUCAACUUGGCCUCCCUUCCAGAGACUACUAUGAAUGCACUGGUAUAUACAAAGAGGCUUGCACGGCGUAUGUGGAUUUCAUGAUUGCCGUGGCUAAACUAAUUCAUCAGGAGAAAGGACUGGCCGUCGAUGAAAACCAGAUUUCUUUGGAAAUGAAUAAAGUUAUGGAAUUGGAAAAAGAGAUUGCCAAUGCUACAACUAAAUCUGAAGACCGAAACGAUCCAAUGCUUCUCUAUAAUAAAAUGACAUUGGCCCAGGUCCAAAAUAACUUCUCAUUAGAGAUUGAUGGGAAGCCAUUCAGCUGGUCAGAUUUCACAAAUGAAAUCAUGUCAACAGUGAAUAUUAGUAUUUCAAAUGAAGAAAAUGUGGUUGUUUAUGCUCCAGAAUAUUUAACCAAACUUAAACUCAUUCUUACCAAAUAUUCUGCCAGAGAUCUUCAAAAUUUAAUGUCCUGGCGGUUCAUAAUGGAUCUUGUAAGCAGCCUCAGCCGAAACUACAAGGAGUCCAGAAAUGCUUUCCGCAAGGCGAUUUAUGGCACAACAUCUGAAACUGCAGCCUGGAGGCGUUGUGCAAACUACGUCAAUGGGAACAUGGAAAAUGCUGUGGGAAGGCUUUACGUGGAAGCAGCCUUUGCUGGGGAGAGUAAACACCUGGUUGAGGAUUUAAUUACACAGAUCCGGGAAGUUUUUAUUCAGACUUUAGAUGACCUCACUUGGAUGGAUGCUGAAACAAAAAAGAAAGCUGAAGAAAAGGCCUUAGCAAUCAAGGAAAGGAUCGGCUACCCUGAUGACCUUAUCUCAGAUGAUAGCAAACUGAACAAGGAGUACCUCGAGUUGGACUACAAGGAAGAGGAAUACUUUGAAAACAUAAUUCAAAAUUUGAAGUUCGGCCAAAGUAAACAACUAAAGAAGCUCCGAGAAAAAGUGGACAAGGACGAGUGGAUAAGCGGAGCAGCUGUAGUCAAUGCAUUUUACUCUUCAGGCAGAAACCAGAUAGUCUUUCCAGCUGGCAUCCUGCAGCCCCCCUUCUUCAGCGCCCAGCAGUCUAACUCACUGAACUAUGGGGGUAUCGGCAUGGUCAUAGGACAUGAGAUCACCCAUGGCUUCGAUGACAAUGGUAGAAAUUUUAACAAGGAUGGAGACCUUGUUGACUGGUGGAGUCAACAAUCUGCAAAUAAUUUUAAAGAACAAUCCAAGUGCAUGGUGUACCAGUAUGGAAACUUCUCAUGGGACCUUGCAGGUGGACAGCACCUCAAUGGAAUUAAUACUUUGGGAGAAAAUAUUGCAGAUAAUGGCGGUCUUGGACAAGCAUACAGAGCUUAUCAAAAUUACGUUAAAAAGAAUGGUGAGGAAAAAUUACUUCCUGGACUUGACCUAAACCACAAACAGCUGUUCUUCUUGAACUUUGCCCAGGUGUGGUGUGGGACCUACAGGCCAGAGUAUGCCAUCAACUCCAUUAAAACAGACGUGCACAGCCCAGGCAAUUUCAGGAUUAUUGGGACUUUGCAGAACUCUGCUGAGUUCUCAGAAGCCUUUAAUUGCCCCAAGAAUUCAUACAUGAAUCCAGAAAAGAAAUGUCGGAUUUGGUGAUCCUCCGGAGACGCUGUGUAGCCCUUGGCUAGACUUGCCAGCACCCCAGAAAUGAGGAACUCUCUCUGCGAAAGAAAGCAGACCACGGAGAUCACCGUAAUUACUUGGGAGUAUUUAACAGAGAUGAGAGGACCUCAAAAUGAUAACUGCUUUGGAAUUGUAAUAAAAACAAAGUUAGGUUAUUUUGGAAAGGGUAUGGAAAGAGGAGACCGUCUGAUGUCUAUCAAAUCAAUUUCUUCUCGUUGUAUAAUGCUUCGUUUCUAAAGAUGACAUUACCAUUUAUUUCUGUUUCUCAUUGGGUCUACCAGUUUGAUGUUGCCACUUGGAAUCAGUGUUUCCUACUUGUUGAUGUAGACUGGGAUUUCUCAUCAAAGGGGGAAAAGACAUUGAGGAAUAGUUGAGACAGGACAGCAGAAGCACUGUGGAGACACGAUAGUGGGAAUCCAUCACCUGAAGUCUUUGCUUCUUACUUUUAUUUGCAACAUUUACUUUCCUUCAGAAACCUUCCAAGGAUUUCUUAUACAUAUUUGGGCCUUGGGACUUAGGUAGUUGGAAACUAAUUUUGCUAUUAUCAGUUGCUGAUUCUAAGAUCGUUUUGUUUUAAGCACUCUUAGGACAAAAAAAAUGAAUGUCUAAAACUGUGUCCGUUGUACCCACUUUGACUGAUGUUGAGAUUCUUGGGGCCUCCUGCAAUUUUCUGAGAAUUUAUUUCUCGCUCUCUCUCAAAACUUGGUCUUUUUGAUAGAUUUUUAGUAAUGUAUAAAUAAUAAUUUUUAUAUUUAAUUAUUAAAUUACAUGUAUGACUAAGUAACUGUUAUUAUAGGUAAUCAUUGAAGAUGGACAUUUCGGGUAGAGUUCUUUACUCCGAGACACAUAGUUAGGAACCAAGAUCUGUAACGUGAUGUACAGAUGAAGAUUUGAGACUUUUCAAACUUAUAAAUCAUAUUGAUGAAAAGCUUUAAGCACAAACUUUGGGUUUAAAAAAUGCCAUCGGAUGGUUUUCUAGAGAUCCAUAACACUUGUGGUUUACAAGCAGGACUUUAAAAUUAAGUCCAUCCCUGAGGGUGCUAUGCGAAAAGGGCAAAGCUGCAUCAGUGUAGCACCACAGAUAAUAAAGUUGGGAGCCUGUCACUCACUGGCCAGCUGUCUAGCUUUGGAAAGGGCAUUUCUGAAUAGAAAUGGGAGGCUUCGGCACCUCCAGAUGGGCCUGCUUUUUGAAUUUGGACUUGAGGAGAGUUUUGGAAGGUGUCUAACCCCUGGUGGGAGAUCAUCUCUCGAGGGUCUUCUCCUCUUUUCCUGUCCUACUGUCUAGUUUGGUGCAUUUCAUUACUUAAGGUUUUAUAGAAGAGGCACACCUCCAAAAGUUCUAAUUUUUUCCUAAUGUAACAUAAAAGAGAAUUUCUAUCCAAAAGAAGGGUAUUGGUUUUCCUGCCUCUUGAAAUAUGCCCAUUUACCUUUUGUAAAAAAAAGUUAUUGAACUAUAACAUAUAUACAAAAAUUGUAUAAAGCAUAAGAGUAUAAUUUAUCCAACUGAGCACAGCCUGUAACCAGCACCUACAAGCAGAGCCCUGCUAACAUCCUAGAAGUGCCUCCAGGCACUUCUCUCCUCCAAGGGCAACUAUUAUCCUGACUUUUGUCUAAUAUCAUACAUUAGCUUUGCCUAUUUUUGUCCUUUAUAUAAAUGGAAUCAAUCAGCACAUAUUCUUUUGUGUCUGGCUUCUUUCACUCAGUGCUACAUUUGCGAGAUUCAUCUAUAUUGUUGAAUUUAGUUGUGGCUCAUUCAUUCUCAUUGCUGAAUAAUGUUCCGUUGUGUGACUAUACUACAAUUUAUCCUGUUGUUGAUGGUCACUUGAAGUUUCCAGUUUGGGGCUGUUACAGACCGUGGCUUUUAACUUGAGACUUUAAUGGACACA